AUGUCCACUAGUCAUGGUCACAAAUCCACCGCCGAAGAAGUCGCAAACCAAAGACGCCAGCUCAUCCUCGUUGUCUCAGGCGAAUCCAGCCCCCAGGUAGCAGAGCGUCUCUCAGCAGAGAUAGGUAUAAACUAUAUUGGUGGCACUAGUAUCCUCAGGGAAUGCAACGAGAACAGCGACCAAGCAAAAGAGCUCGCAGAGGUGUGUCAGAAGAUCUCGGAGCACACGGGGAUUGCAAUCCUUACACUGCCCGAAUACACAUUCCCGCUGAAGCAGCUCAGACAGGCGGUGCCGAAGGAUGUGGACGUUAGAUUUAUCAUCUGCGAUGAUGAUGGUGGGGCUGGUGCAUUGGAGGAGAGGGGGGUGAGUGGAUGUCGGUUUAUAAGAGUGGUGGUGGAUGAGGAGCAUGGGGGCGUCGAGAACGUUGUCAGAAAGAUUGAAGCGGAGGUUUGGGGGGCUGGGUCCUAA